GGCAUCAACCAGAAGGCAAUUGCCCAGGCUGCACCCAAGCCUACGGAACAGGCUCAAAGUAUUGGUGGAUUCAUACUGGACCUAGAACGGGACAAGAUAGGGCGAACGUCGCAGGAGAACGCGGACGAGAGGUUACAACACGGUAUACGCAUCGAUGACACGCGGUGUGGUAUAUCUCAGAAUGACGUGCAGAGCGCGAGCGAGUAUAGCUCUGGGCCGACUGGGGUGAGUGUUGAGUCUGGCGCUGUGGGAGAGGCAGCGAACGACCCCAAGGGGAAAGGGGUGGAGAGUGUGGGUCUGGGAGAUGCCCGACUACACAACACGCAUGAGCCAAAAGCCGGUACAGACAUGGCUGAGUGUGGGGAUAUGGAGGUAUUCGUACCCGAAGACGGUAUGGAGAAGGCUAAAGAGAUGGGAGAACCCCAGCAAGCAGAGGGGGUAGGGCAGGGGACAGAUGCGCAAAGAGUUAGAGGGACAGAGACACUGCAACACGCAGAAGGACCAGCAAAUGAGGAAAGAACUACACACGGCAGAGGAACAACCACACUACAUCACACAGAAGGACCAGGAAGUGAGGGGGACAAUAUACACGGUAGAAGAACCAACACACUACAACACACAGAUGGACCAGGAAAUGAGGGGGGCAAUAUACACGGUAGAAGAACAAACACACUACAACACACAGAAGGGGCAGAAGAUACACCUAGUAGUGCGAAUGCUAGAUCAGAGGCCAGUUAUGAGACCCUCAAACGGGAGAACCAGCACGAUAGGCUGGAUGUCAGUGGUGGUGACUGGGAGAAGGUAAUGGUCCGGAUAAAGGGCAUAGAGCGCCGAGAGUCUGUGAAACUAAUGCAGGGCGUGGGUGAGCGAAAGCGCUCAGAUUCUGUGAACCGUGUAGAGGCUACGGGACAUCCACCCGCCCCGCCUGAGCAAUUACCGAUAGAGGGUCUACCCCAGGCAAGCGGUAUGAGGCCGGCCCGUGGUACAGAUACGGGGGGGGCUAGACCUAGGGGUGAGCAGGUGAGGGUGGUAGGUAGGGAUAUGAAUGCGCGCAUGAGUUCGACGGUGAGGAAGUGGGAUGGGGAUGGCAAUGGAUAUCAGAGCCGGAUGGUGGAUGCGGAAGUGCGCAACGGGUCUGGAGGGAGGCCUGGUCCACACCCAGCACGCCAGAUAUACCAGCCAUGGAGGGCAAGCCAGGUACAAGAACAAGGGCAGGACCGGUACCAGGUGCAUGAACAGGGACAGGGGACCGGCGUGGAACAAGGAGGUGCAGCGGAACAGACGUUCGGUACAACGUAUGAACGUGGCGGCAUCUACCGGGUGCAUGGGGAGGGCCAAGGCCAGGGCCUAAGUGGUGGGGUACACCGAGCGCCUGGGCCAAACAUACACCAGGUACAUAGGGAGGGCCAAAGCCGAAGUGGUGAGGGACACCGAGCACCUGAGUCUUACAUACACCAGGUGCACGGGGAGGGCCAGUGCCGAGAUGGGAUGCACCGAGCACCCGGGUCAAACAUACACCAUACAGUAGCACCUGGGUCAAACAUACACCAUACACCAGCACCUGGGUCAAACAUGCACCAGGUACACGGAGAGGGCCGAGACCAAGGCCAAGGUGGUGGGGUGCAUCGAGUACCUGAGUCAAACAUACACAAGGUACAUAGGGAGGGUCGAGACCAAGGCCAAAGUGCUGGUGUACACCGAGCACCUGAGUCAAACAUACACCAUACACCAGCACCUGGUUCAAACAUACAACAGGUACAUAGAGAGGGCCAAGACCAAAGCCAAAGUGCUAGCGUACAUCGAGCACCCGGGUCAAACAUAUACCACACACCAGCACCUGGGUCAAACAUGCACCAGGCAUAUAGAGAGGGCCGAGACCAAGGCCAGAGUGGUGGGAUACACCGAGCACCUGGGUCAAACAUAUACCAGGUGCAUGGGGAAUGCCAGGGCCAAGGCCAAAGUGGUGGGGUCGGCAGGGCAUAUCGGGCACCUGGGCUAAAUCAGGACCACAACAUUAAUCAAGCACGUGCACACGCACACGCACACGCACACGCACACGCACACGCACACGCACAUACAACGAACUACUCUCGGGUUACGACUCAGACCACCGGUGAGAUGGUGGAGGGUAGGUACUUGGACCAUGCAGAUGCAUUCCACACGCGGGCUGGCUUGGAGGCUAUUGACCCGGACAGGCGUGGCUGGCAGAGACCGCACACGCAUACUUCAGGGCUGGGCGGGGUGCCGUGGGGGGUGGGAGAUGAGCAGCGGGUGUAUCAGGCAGGGCCUGGACAGGCGCGCCAGGCUACGGGGUAUGAACCCAGCGGUUCGGUACAAGCCCCACAAAGACGGGUGACAGGGUAUGAGGGUAUAUCGGCUGAACGGCCACAGGCUCCAGAGAACAGGGGCAUGGUAUAUGAACAACGGCCGCGAGACGGCCUGCACGCACGGUAUACGGGAGCUGUGCCGCCCACAAUCACACAGCACAUGCAACAGAGACCGGGUGGGGUACAGCCGGGUCAACCGUACACACAACAGAGACAAAGAACUGCGCAAACACAGCCGCAACGUGAUCCGGUGCAAACACUCCAUUCACGUGAUGGGCAGCCGAAUAACAACCGGCUCGAAUUACACAGGAGUGGCAGAGACAGUCGCCAGGGGGGGGUAGACAGGGGCAGGCCAUAUGGAGGCUCUCACGAACAGCGCUCAGAUGGGGGCAGCAGGGGUGGUGGUACGUACUCUGCUCAGACGUCGAUGGUUAGAGCCCAUCCCAAUGCCUUCGCUGUGCAUGGCGGUGGAG